AUGAUUGUCAUGAGGUUAGACACCAGCAACCAAAAUGAUACAUUGAUACGAGAUUCCAGAACAGCUGAAAAAGAUGAAAUGACGAUCGUAUCCUCGGUUUUUCUGGGGGUUUCUGUUGUUGGUUUGGUGGGAAACCUUAUCGUGUUUUGGUACCUUUGCUUCAAGAUCCAGAGGAACAAAUAUACCGUUUACAUUAUGAAUCUGUCAGCGGCUGACACCCUCUUAGAAACAGUCGCCGUGGUGACUUUGAUGGUCAAUAUCAAUACGUUCAAUGGUUCAAAUCCAAAUUUUAAUGGGAUACAGUCUUUUUUUUUAUCCUUGACUAUAUUGUACUAUGCCAUGAUCUACACUGGAAUGUACCUCCUCACAGCCAUCAGUAUGGAAAGGUGUGUUUCGACCUUGUUCCCCAUUUGGAAUACUGUCCAUCGUCCCCAAAAUCUGUCCACCAUGUUGUGCUGCUUUGCGUGGGCCCUCGGCAGUCUGGAAAGUCUCCUUGAUAACUUGGUUUGCGGACCUCAGACUCCGAGUGUAUACACGUUAAAAUGUUCGGCCAUUGGGGUAAUGGAUUUUGUUUUAGCCGUUGGGAUCUGCCUGCCGCUCAUGGUCAUUUCCAGUCUCAUCCUGCUCAUCAAAAUAAAGAGGACCUUCCGGCAGCGGUACCCGCCGAAACUCUACAUUAUCAUCAUUGUAGCGGCCAUUAUGUUUACAUUAUCUGUUCUGCCAUUAAAUACUGUAAGAUUUUUAUUAUACUGUAAGCUGUUGCCAACAAAUUUACUACCAGUCAAGAUUGUUACUCCUAGUGAAUAUUGGAUGAUCGUUAACAGUGCAAUUAACCCCUAUAUGUACUUCCUUGUUGGGAGAAAAUGGAACCAGGGGACCUGCUUCUCCAUACAGGAUACCCUUCUUAGAGCCUUCACUGUGGACACUGCUAACCCACAGCACUAAUC